UCCGUCCACCGGCGGACGGAUUACUGGACAAGGGUUUUCAAGAGGAAUCCGUCCACCGGUGGAUGAAUUGCCUUCCGCCGGUUUAGCAAGAGAAUUCUUUCCAACGGUGGACAGGUUUCGGCAAAGAUGGGAAGAGCUAUCGGAUAGGCGUUGGAUGGAUUUUUAUGGUUUAAACUAAGUUUGACUUUUAUUUCAGAAUAUUUCAGAAAAAUACGAAUACUCUGCAAGACUCACUUCCCGAAGAUCUUUUCGAUUCCAGCAUGAAUGUGCCUUGGGCCAGACAGGCCCGAACGACAACAUCGCCGCAUCACAGGUUUGCGACGGGGUUCGCUGAACCGUCCCGUCCUUUCGUAUUAAUUUUAUCACCAGCUGCGAUGGAUCCCUCGUCCCUACCAAGUACGCGUUCCGGAUUAGACAACCCUCAAACUGGUGAAACUUAUUCUUGAUAAAGCUUAUCUGUAACUAACCUUUUGUUUUCAGGUCAACUCGGACAAUCCCGGAAAAAACAUCUACCGCACACAAUCUAGACACGUUCCCCGGAAUGGACAGCAUCGGGCACGAGCCGGUUCACCCGUUCGCAGGACAGCCGCAGUUCACCUGCAACGAUCUGAAGCGACCACCCAAGUGGUUGAAGCGACCAACGGGAACGUGCUUUGGGUUCGGCGGCAAGCUGGUCAACGGAACGAGUCGCACCGCACCAUGGUCACGUAACUGUUGGUGAUGCUGUACCGCUGUAUGUGCACCCGGAACUACGCCGAGUAGCGAGCCAGCUGGACCGCGGACAGUGAAAACGAGCAGGAACCAAAUUAGCAACAUCGCGUCUUGGAAGGCGUUGCCAUCCAGGUCAACAACCACCGC